AUUCACAAAUCUAUUAUUGUAAGAUACGUCGAAGUUGAGUCCAAGAAAAAGAACGUCUGUGAUCUAUAUUUCUCUGACUAUCAGAAAAUGCCAUAUUGUUCUCUCUUUUAUAGAUGUUCUACACUUGUAACGUUGCGGAUAUAGUGGUUCAAAAUGACUUGCAAAAGGCGUAAUGGAGGAAGGUCCAAACAUGGACGUGGUCAUGUUAAGCCCGUCCGUUGCACCAACUGUGCAAGAUGCGUCCCUAAAGACAAGGCAAUCAAAAAAUUCGUAAUUAGGAAUAUCGUCGAAGCUGCCGCUGUCAGAGAUAUCACCGAGGCUUCGGUGUAUAACCAAUACACAUUGCCCAAACUUUAUGCCAAGUUGCACUACUGUGUGUCUUGCGCCAUCCACAGCAAAGUAGUAAGAAAUAGAUCUAAGAAAGAUAGGAGGAUCAGAACACCCCCACAGAGGAACUUCCCUGGUAGAGACCAGAGGACCCAACCUCAGAGGAAAUGAGCAUUUUCUGUAUUGAAUAAAAAAUAUAGUUAAA